CCGAAUCUAAUUUCGGCCGAUCGAUAGGAGGUCCCAGCGCACCCAGCGCCACAGCGCCAGAGACUCGCAGCGCCGCCGGCCUCGACUCUCGGUGUCCCCGAACAGCGUCGUCUCCCUGCGUCUCCUGCUCCGGGCGGCCUCCCACCUCGAGCCCUCCCCAAAUUCCCCACCACGAAACCCUACAUCCGCAACAAUUUGCUACCCUCGAUCCUCCAGCCAUGCAUCUCGGUCUUGAAUUCGGGGGCGGUCUGGAGCUGCUCCUGGAGAAGUCCGUCAAGGUGCAUAAGGUGGAGGUACAGCCCAAGGGCGGCGAAGUCAAGGUGACAAUGAGGGGGUUGCUUUCUUGGGUGAAGGCCAAUCUGAUCAAGGAGCGCCCGGAGAUGUUCGUCAAGGGCGAUUCUGUGAGGCCUGGGGUUCUUGUCCUUAUAAAUGACUGCGACUGGGAGUUGUGCGGGGGCCUUGACGCAGAGUUGGAAGAAAAGGAUGUGGUGGUUUUCAUCUCCACAUUACAUGGUGGUUAGUUUAAUUAUAGGGACGAUCAUAUCCUAUUAUUUGGUUGAGAAAUGUAUCUUGUACCAAGUUGGAAAAGGAUGGCACGAUCUCAGUUUCAUAAAUAUCUUGAGUUGUGAAUCGAAAAUCGUGGAAAAGUACCAUCAAUAAUAUGUAUCAGAUUGUUCUUCCAUUUUAUGUACUGGAAGAUAGUCUCAGAAUAUUGUAGAUUAUUGAUCCUCUAUUUUCGCAACAUUGUUGUAGUUUUCUCAUUGAAUCACUGUAUACAUAAGUGGAACACUAAGAAUUGUAAAUCUUCAUUCAUGCGCUA